AUGUUUGGCCUGAGUCAUCCUCAGACCUGACUUCAGAUGCUGUAAGUUAUUUGAAGAGUCUUCUUAAUAAGUUGGUAUCUGCAGUGUCUUUUCUCUUCAUAAACUAACCCUAGUUCUAGUUGUUUCUCUAAGGUCUUGCUUGCUGCCUUUAAUCAUUUCCAUGGCGGCCCUCUGAACCAUUCCCAUGUUCUCCGUGUCCUUUUCUGUAACAGCUGUGAGGCACAGAUAUUAACGGCUGCUUUCUGACCCUCAGACUGGUGCUGAACUUAUGAGACUUUUAGGGACUUAACACUGACUCAACACUGGCUUUCAGUUUCAUGGCCACCCUCAUUGUGUGUGUGUGUGUGUGUGUGUGUGUGUGUGUGCCUUUCCAUUCCCCUUAUGAAACAUCUCCUGCCCCUAACUUACUAUGGGAAUGUUCCUCCAUGAUCUCUUUCCAUCCUCCCUUUCCUGUUUGCUCACUUCUUUUCUUGCUCAUCUUGGAAACUGUGCAAUCCCAGAUUAACUACAAACAGAGAAGAGCUGGUGAUAGCUCCAGAGCCCAGAGAAAGGAGGUCUCUUUACAAGAAGUCUGGCUCUCAAAGCCUCCAUCAAGGGAGACCUCCAAGUUGCCUGGGGUUCAAUCCUCUAGAAAGUUCCAAGGUUUGUGGCUUGAAUUAUUCUAAAGAAGCUGAAAUAAUUGAAAAGAAGCAGAGGCCAGCUGUUUUUGAGGAUCCUGCUCCACAGAGAAUGCUCUGCACCCAUUGAUAUGCCUCCCAGGACCCAGAGGGAGACUGUAGCCUCAUUUCUGUGGAGACCUUUGGCUGGACUUUCCUGGCUCUCCCAGAGACUCCAGUUCCAACACCAUCUUCUGAGAUGAUCCUGAUUCCCAGAAUGCUCUUGGUGCUGUUCCUGCUGUUGCCUAUCUUGAGUUCUGCAAAAGCUCAGGUUAAUCCAGCUAUAUGCCGCUAUCCUCUGGGCAUGUCAGGAGGCCAGAUUCCAGAUGAGGACAUCACAGCUUCCAGUCAGUGGUCAGAGUCUACAGCUGCCAAAUAUGGAAGGCUGGACUCAGAAGAAGGGGAUGGAGCCUGGUGCCCUGAGAUUCCAGUGGAACCUGAUGACCUGAAGGAGUUUCUGCAGAUUGACUUGCACACCCUCCAUUUUAUCACUCUGGUGGGGACCCAGGGGCGCCAUGCAGGAGGUCAUGGCAUUGAGUUUGCCCCCAUGUACAAGAUCAAUUACAGUCGGGAUGGCACUCGCUGGAUCUCUUGGCGGAACCGUCAUGGGAAACAGGUGCUGGAUGGAAAUAGUAACCCCUAUGACAUUUUCCUAAAGGACUUGGAGCCGCCCAUUGUGGCCAGAUUUGUCCGGUUCAUUCCAGUCACCGACCACUCCAUGAAUGUGUGCAUGAGGGUAGAGCUUUACGGCUGUGUCUGGCUAGAUGGCUUGGUGUCUUACAAUGCUCCAGCUGGGCAGCAGUUUGUACUCCCUGGAGGUUCCAUCAUUUAUCUGAAUGAUUCUGUCUAUGAUGGAGCUGUUGGAUACAGCAUGACAGAAGGGCUAGGCCAAUUGACCGAUGGUGUGUCUGGCCUGGACGAUUUCACCCAGACCCAUGAAUACCACGUGUGGCCCGGCUAUGACUACGUGGGCUGGCGGAACGAGAGUGCCACCAAUGGCUACAUUGAGAUCAUGUUUGAAUUUGACCGCAUCAGGAAUUUCACUACCAUGAAGGUCCACUGCAACAACAUGUUUGCUAAAGGUGUGAAGAUCUUUAAGGAGGUACAAUGCUACUUCCGCUCUGAAGCCAGUGAGUGGGAACCUAAUGCCAUUUCCUUCCCCCUUGUCCUGGAUGACGUCAACCCCAGUGCUCGGUUUGUCACGGUGCCUCUCCACCACCGAAUGGCCAGUGCCAUCAAGUGUCAAUACCAUUUUGCUGAUACCUGGAUGAUGUUCAGUGAGAUCACCUUCCAAUCAGAUGCUGCAAUGUACAACAACUCUGAAGCCCUGCCCACCUCUCCUAUGGCACCUACAACCUAUGAUCCAAUGCUUAAAGUUGAUGACAGCAACACUCGGAUCCUGAUUGGCUGCUUGGUGGCCAUCAUCUUUAUCCUCCUGGCCAUCAUUGUCAUCAUCCUCUGGAGGCAGUUCUGGCAGAAAAUGCUGGAGAAGGCUUCUCGGAGGAUGCUGGAUGAUGAAAUGACAGUCAGCCUUUCCCUGCCAAGUGAUUCUAGCAUGUUCAACAACAACCGCUCCUCAUCACCUAGUGAACAAGAGUCCAACUCGACUUACGAUCGCAUCUUUCCCCUUCGCCCUGACUACCAGGAGCCAUCCAGGCUGAUACGAAAACUCCCAGAAUUUGCUCCAGGGGAGGAGGAGUCAGGCUGCAGUGGUGUUGUGAAGCCAGUCCAGCCCAGUGGCCCUGAGGGGGUGCCCCACUAUGCAGAGGCCGACAUAGUGAACCUCCAAGGAGUGACAGGAGGCAACACGUACUCAGUGCCUGCCGUCACCAUGGACCUGCUCUCAGGAAAAGACGUGGCUGUGGAGGAGUUCCCCAGGAAACUCUUAACUUUCAAAGAGAAGCUGGGAGAAGGACAGUUUGGGGAGGUUCAUCUCUGUGAAGUGGAGGGAAUGGAAAAAUUCAAAGACAAAGAUUUUGCCCUAGAUGUCAGUGCCAACCAGCCUGUCCUGGUGGCUGUGAAAAUGCUCCGAGCAGAUGCCAACAAGAAUGCCAGGAAUGAUUUUCUUAAGGAGAUAAAGAUCAUGUCUCGGCUCAAGGACCCAAACAUCAUCCAUCUAUUAGCUGUGUGUAUCACUGAUGACCCUCUCUGCAUGAUCACUGAAUACAUGGAGAAUGGAGAUCUCAAUCAGUUUCUUUCCCGCCACGAGCCCCCUAAUUCUUCCUCCAGCAAUGUACCCACUGUCAGUUACACCAAUCUGAAGUUUAUGGCUACCCAAAUUGCCUCUGGCAUGAAGUACCUUUCCUCUCUUAAUUUUGUUCACCGAGAUCUGGCCACACGAAACUGUUUAGUGGGUAAGAACUACACAAUCAAGAUAGCUGACUUUGGAAUGAGCAGGAACCUGUACAGUGGUGACUAUUACCGGAUCCAGGGCCGGGCAGUGCUCCCUAUCCGUUGGAUGUCUUGGGAGAGUAUCUUGCUGGGCAAGUUCACUACGGCAAGUGAUGUGUGGGCCUUUGGGGUUACUUUGUGGGAGACUUUCACCUUUUGUCAGGAACAGCCCUAUUCCCAGCUGUCAGAUGAACAGGUUAUUGAGAAUACUGGAGAGUUCUUCCGAGACCAAGGGAGGCAGACUUACCUCCCUCAACCAGCCAUUUGCCCUGACUCUGUGUAUAAGCUGAUGCUCAGCUGCUGGAGAAGAGAUACGAAGAACCGUCCCUCAUUCCAAGAAAUCCACCUUCUGCUCCUUCAACAAGGCGAUGAGUGAUGCUGUCAGUGCCUGGCCACAUUCCUAUGGCUCAGGUCCUCCCUACAAGACCUACCACUCACCCAUGCCUAUGCCACUCCAUCUGGACAUUUAAUGAACCUGAGAGACAGAGGCUUGUUUGCUUUGCUCUCUUUUCCUGGUCACCCCCACUCCCUACCCCUGACUCAUAUAUACUUUUUUUUUUUUUUUACAUUAAAGAACUAAAAAAGGAAAAAAAAAGCCUAGGGCAGAUACAAUCUAGUAAAAGAAAAUCUUACUUGAUAUACCAAAGUGUUGGAUAACAAAGGCUAGAAAAUUCAGAUAAUUUAUAAAGGUUAACUAUGCUUGUGCUUAUAAAUGUGCAGAUUCUACAAUAUUUUUCCAUGUCAUUCUAAAAGAAUGUUCAGAAAGAAAAACUUGAAGAAUACUAAUGUCUUGGGAAACAUGAGAUUAAGUUUAGGAAAACACUUGAUAGAUGUGGAGAAUCUGAGGACUCAGAAUUCAGCAACUAAUCACAGGUGGUUUUCUAAUUUGGCCUCUGGACAUGUCUCACUGUUUGUAUUUCUCUCUCCUGUCAAAGUGAAUGAUAUACUCUUGAAAACCCCCAAUUUCUUGAAAUCGGUGUUCUGUUCAUUCAUGGGCAGGGGUCAGGAUUGAAGUUCAUAUAUGAAACAACUGGGGAUGUAGAUAGGAAAGAAUGUCUGCUGCAAGACUGUAUGAAGGGGGAUUGUCAUUUACAAAAAAAAAAAAAGUACCUCAUGGAUGGAAGGAUUCAUGGAUAGAUAAUGGACAUAGGAAAGGAGGUCAAUGGAGGACACAUAACAGACAUGCUAUCCACCAUUUAUUUGUGAUUUUGUAAGAGGGUUCUCUUCUUUGUCUUGUUCAGAUAUUUUCAUGUGUGUGUUUUAGUGAGAAUCUGAGUUUUUAAUCAGUAAAUUCUGAAGUUUUGAUAUCUUGAUGGUAGACUCUUGAGUUCAUCUUGUCCAAAUCUCCUGCUGUUUUCAAGGAUGAAGCCUCUGUGGGAUCUUUGGGCUUGGGGCUGAAUUUCUCAGGCAUAAAUACCUAAUGGCCUUGUCUAAGAGGGAAUAGAUCUGUUCUGAGUGUCCCCAAAAAAGUUGUCCUAGGACUAAUGUGGAGAAGUUACAGGGAGACUGAUUUCCAUUCCUUAUUGGGGAAAAUGAAGCACUCAGAACAUACAAGGAUAAAUGGGCUGCCACCAGAGGUGAGGAGUCUCUUGUCGCUGGAAAGGUUAAGAUAGAGGCUCAAGAACAAUGCAAGGAAAAUGGAGGUUUUCAAACACAAAGUAGAUGGUGGUAUGAGACAAUGUUUAAUGUCCUUCUAACUCCGAGAGUCCUUGAUUCUGGAGAGGCACAGGAUGAACAUCUGUUGCUACUGCUGAGUAUACACACUCUUGCCUCUGAGAUGGCGUGACCAGCAGAAAAGAAAGCUCAAGGCUGUGGCUUCAGAAUUCAUGGAAACAGAGCCACUGUCAAGAAGGCUCAGAGCAGAUUCUGAGCUUUCAUACUCCACAAAUCCUCAGAUUUAGUGGGAAGCUGGAAAAAGGAACUCUUAAUUCCAGUUGAGGAGAAACAAGAAAACAUUACAAAUCAGCUUCCCAAGCUGAGAAGGAAUAGCCUUGACCCCUUGGGUCUGCCUCUGUUGCCCUCACCAGUUUACCUUCUACAACAGUUUCUCAGGAACAUGUGUAUUUCCCCAUUCAGCUUUCAGCAUUGCUCCAUGCCACAGCAUAAGCAUAGAUCCCAAGUCCACAGGCUCCAUUUUGCAGGUCAUCUUCUGAUCCUAGCAAAUGUCCUUUCCCCAUAGUUGUCCUAUGCCUUUGGGCUUUAGUCUAUCCCAGGACUAACUGUGGAGAAAUCAUUGGUUUGAGAGUCAAGAGAGCAUUGGUUUGGGAGCUUUAAUCCUCUUUCUGCUUCACACUAAGUGUGUCAUCUUGGCUAAAUCACUUGGUCUUUCUGCAUUUUGUUUUCUUAUUUAUAGGAUGAGGAAAUUAGAUUAAAUGGUUUUGAGGUCUUUUCUGGUUCUGAUAUGUCCAGUACUCACUGGAAAAUUGGAUCUAUAACUGAUGGAUUUAGUAAUCUUGUCAUUUCUUGCUCUGAAAAUUGUAGUCAGCAAAAGAGACCAUGGAAGAAAUCACUGUAAUGGUAGUAAUAGUAACACAUGCCAUUUGUAUUGUGCCUUAGGUUUACCAGGUGUUUCCAAAUACAUUAGCAUAUUUGGUAUGUGCAGGGCUAGAUACCUUGGGACCUGCCACACUCCACUUUCAAGAUAAGUAUUAGCUUCAUUAGAAUUAAAGGGACUUGAACUCAGGACCUGCAGCCUAUUCUUCUUUAUCCACAUGCCUCUGGUAGGGCUAUAUCCAGACCACACCAUGACCUCUUAUGGAGCAAGAUAAAAUAAUAUUAUUUUAUCUUCCUUUGCCUAAAAUCUCUCCACUUAUUCUUUUUUAUGAUUCUGCACCAGUUCACUGGGUUAUUCUAUGAUUCCAUAUUUUUUUUUAAAAAAAAUCGUAUUUAAAAUGAACUUACAAUGUCUGAAUUUUCCCGGCCUUGAGUCACAGAAGUAAUCCGUUUCAGAUGGCUGCCCAAUAUGUAUUAUCAUGUAAUACAUAUCCGUAUCCUUUUCUGGGAUGAGGAAGGCUUCAACUUCUGGCACUGAGAACUUUGUAUUACAGACACAGGUUUAGUUUCUAGCUUAGUCAUGCCUUUAGAGUUUAGUAGCACAAAUCCAAGCAACCCAACAGAAUACAUGGUGAGGGCCUAGUAUGUAGAAUUUGAAAGUAGUUCAGAUUUGAAUUAGAGGAAUGAAGCUAGGACUUAUUUGGAAAAGGAGAUAGAAAAAAAUGAUCAGAAACUGUGGGGCCUUAUUACCUUUGCAGUAAGUUAGCUUCUUCAUGAUAUAUGUGAAUUAUUUUAUGUGCAGAUUGUGUUUUGGGAUUGUCAGAUCUAAACUUAUAUUCUUGCUGGCUAAUGUGCUGAUAGCUAGGUCUGAAACUUGAUGUGCUAUCCAGACACAUAUGUGAUCAGGAAAGAUCUAGAGUGCAAAGAGGUGCCUGAGGAGCAAAAUGUGGUUUUAAUGUUGUGGAAAAAUCACUUGCAAGUAUAUAAGACUGUAUAAAGAAGAGGAUUGUAUGCAAGUGGGGUGAAAAAAAAGGAUACGCGAAUGUGCAUAUGACUGAAUAUGGAGGAAGGUCAGGGCUAGAAAGGAGGCUACAUAAAAAGGGGCAACGGAGAGUGCACAGGAAAGUCACAGGGGAAGGUCAAGUCGAGCAAGAUAGAAACAGGAGUAGCUGGAGCCAUUGGGAAUCCAUUUUGAAACAAGAAGGAGUUUUGAAAGGGAAUAGGAAAGUAAGUAUCUUGAAGUAAAAGAUAAAUAUGGAUGGAGAAAGAAGAAAUUCUGGAUGAUAGAGAUGAUAAAAAUAUUAAGAAAUGAAGUCAGGUUCAGUGUAUGAAAUGGAAAGGAAUUUUUCAGAAUUUUAAGAAAGGGGAAGUUCCUUUUGGAAAAGAUAUACCAACCAUCAGGGAAUGACCUUUUCAUUUCAGAAGAAGUGGGUGAGGAAGGUGGUUUGAGCAUCGGGUAUAUUCUUGGACCAUUUCAAAUGCUGGUGAGAAGAAAGGAACUCUUUGCCUGAACUGGGCUUGGUUUUCCAAGUGCUGCUUUGGAAAUGAAGACCCAGAAAUGUGGAGCUUAUGGUAGUUCAUAAAUCUUCAUGUUCUAUUAUCUUUCACCUGUCAACAAAGUUCAUUUUCAAUAAUGCCCACCAUUGCUGUGCCCAGAAUAACCACAGGCAAACAUCAAAACAAUACACAUAAGUUAGACAAGAUUAAAUCUUGUCUGAUAUCUGCACAAACAGAUAUGCACCAUGUUGGAAACAUGUGUUUUUCUAGUCCCAUCCAGGCUUCCCACAAGAAAGCCAUGAUGUGGGUCUAAACCAUAUGUUUUGAGUAAAGGAGAAUAGAAGAAGGGGAGUGUCCACAAAAUGGAAAGAGAUGAAGAUGUUCCAAGGAAGUAUACUAAAACAGAACAGUGAAUGUUUUGCCCAAAACUACAAAAAUAAAAGAAAAAAAGAAAAUUGCAAUACAUGGCUACUAAGUCUUUGAUCGUAAAUCGAAUUUAUAGACCUGGAAUUUGCCAUCCUAGUCUUUCCUUUUUAGUAAGACUUCUGUCCUAUGGCAGUGCAUAUGGUAGGUCUCUAAUGUUUCUGCAUCUGCAGGAAGAUGCAGAUCCUUAUUUUUGCUGGGAAAUCCUUCUGAAUAGAAAUGUAACAUUUUUAUAAGAACAGAUUAAUGUGUUUUUCACUUAGUAAAUGUUUUCAAGAGCUGAAUUGAGAAGGAAAGAGAUUGGAGUGGUUAAUGGUGAUUUGAUUUCUGGCAUUUUGAGUUUUCUGCUACAAUUAGCUGCAUUACUUGGUGCCAAAGAGCAGUGGGGAAUUGUUGAGUUGCUGUAUCCUUUAAAAAAAAAAAACAAAAAGCUUGUUAUUUUGAAAGAACUUAAGGCUCACAAGAUGUUCAAAAAUAGUAGAGUGGCCUUACCCUAGAUCCAGUUUUCCCUGUUUAUAACAUUUCACUUAGUCCAUUUUCAGAACCAGAAAAUUAUCAUUGGCAUAAUACUGUUAACUAAACUACAGACCUUUUUUCAAUUUCGCCAGUUUUUCCACACAUAUUCAUUUAGUUGCUGGAUAUUUUUAAUUCUUGCUAAUUUGUAAUCUGGCCUUGCUUGGAUACAACAGGAAAGAUACUAUCUGGAUAAAGUUCUACAGUUUUAGAGAGACUAUUAACACACUAAUGUGUUCCUUUGUCAUGAGCAAUACCCUGCCUACACUGCUUCUAAAUUUUCUGAUUUGUUUGGCUGUUUGGCAUCUGAAACAAUCCAAGACAAACUUAGAAAGAUUAGGCAACACAAAAGACAGUAAGACCUGUUCAUAGCUUGUUGCCUAGAAAACCAGGUAGCAGGAUAUUCUAGAUGCUUCCUGCUUCUUCUAUGUGAGUACGAUUAGCACUGGGGACAAAAUGAGGAGUUUAGAGUAAACCAGUAUUUCAGUCAAGAGUUAGUUGGCACUUAGUUAAUGGCACUGGAAAUAGCUUGUGGAGAGAACAGAAUACGAUGGUAUAGACUCCUAAUGUUUGAUAAAAUACUAUUUUCAGAGUGGUAGAGAGGUUUUAUUUGCCUAAAUAGCUGUUAUUAAAUGGAAUAACAACCAUAUUAGACCAAAUUAAUUGCAAAUACAGCAGCAACCUGGGGAGAAGUUGAAACUCCAGUUUUGUGGUUUACAGUUUUGAGUUUUAUGAUUGACAUUUUUAAGUCCCCUAUUUAAGGGGUCAAGGUUAUAACAAUGUGUGUCUUAUUAAGUUUCUAGGUCAUUGUAAGCACUUGAUAAAUAUUUGCUGAAUGUUGUUUUUUUGAACGAACAUAAGAUGGAAACAAAAACUUCUCAUCCAGUUAACUAGAGUGAAUGUAGGGAGAAUGGUUUUGCUGUAACAUGGAGAGUUUAUUUUCAAAUGAGGAAAGAGAAAAAAAUACUCAGACUUGUACCUGGUGAGGUGCAUUCUCUGUUUGUAUACUUUUUGAUGGAGAAAUUGAUCUAUAGAGCUGCUUAAUUUUUUGAGGCAUUUAGACAGCAAUGAAAGGUAGUUCUCCACAGGACACCAAAUCAAAAGGAGAGACCAGACUCUGGCCUCAUACCCAGCCUAUUUGAAACAAGCUAUCUAGUUUCUCCUGCAGACAGACACCUUGUCAACAACAUGCAACAAUGUCAGGUGCCUUGCAGGAAAAUAAUCUGAGUCCCAAGCUAGGCUGUGCUCAUCCACAAUCACAAUGAACAUGUCAAGGAAGAAUUUGCAGAGACUCAAGGGAAGCACAAUGGGAUAAGGUAAUCACUUUCAGUGAAAAACUGUUUUCUUGAAAACAGGCUUGGACACAAUUGAAAGUUGGCUUCCUGCAAACACACCAAGAGUCUGUAAUCUAGCCUAUCCAUUAUAUGUCCUUUAUUAUUCAUGAUAUCCUAUUCUUCUACCUUGUUGCCUGGUAACUUUUUCUGAGGACUGAGUUUCUGCGGUGAUGUGGUGCACCCUUCCUGUGAUGAGGAAACAUCUGGGCCCCCUUCUGCAGGCUUUGGAAGAUGAUGUGUCUUGUCAAGGGGUAAAGAGCAAAUGGAUUUAAUUUCUGCUUAAAACUAUCAUAGACGUUCCAAAUAGAAUACGUAAAAUUUCUCUGUAUUAGAAAAAGAAACGUGAUACCAAUUGUAUAUUUUCUUUUCUUUAUUUAUUCUCUGUAAGUCUGUCAGAUGAUAAAUUGUAAAUAACAAUGAUUAAAGAGUCAUGCUACUGA